AUGAUUGAUGAAAAUCGAGACCUCAACGGACACACAGAAGACGAAAUCAAACGACAGCGAACACAGUACAAUGGUGAUCAGUUAUUUUCGAAUAUCUGGUCGAGCAAGUGGAGCAUAAAGGACGAACACAAGCUGCUGUCGGAGUUGGGCAGCGGCGCCGCCAACGGGGGCUCGCCCUACUACGACACGCAGCCGGGCGCCUUCCCCACCGUCACCACCACCUCCGACAUGUACGACAGCAUCAGCACCAUGACGCAGUCGCAAAGCACCCCGGUCUACACGCCGCCCAUCGGCUCGGCGCUCGUUGGUUGCAACCCUCCUACAGGUCCUGGCUCUCUAACCCCCUUGGCCCCUAUCACCAUGCCGGAAGUGAAGCUGACCCCUAGUGGAGUUCUGGAUCCUUCCAUGUCGCCCUACCAGCCAGAGAGCAGCACGUAUAACGGUGUUAGCACGAGCACGGUGGGUGAGGCGGGCUCGUCCCCGGGGCUCCCCCUGUCCCUCCCCGCCGACCCCGCGCCCACGGGCGCGCCCUCCGCCGCCGCCGGCGCCGCCACCGCGGGCAGCGGGUCGCCCGACCCGGGCUCCCUGACCGUGCUGCAACCGGCCAACAAUGGCGCCGCCGCCGCCGUGCCCUAUUCCGCCAUGCUCCCUAGCUUCGGCCAUUACUCUACAGGCAAGUUUGGGAGCAGUGCGGUCAGUGGAAGUGUAGUGCCUGUCAGUGAUUAUUCCUACAGCUCCCCCUAUUCACAAUACACUUCAUCAUAUGGCACAUAUGGUUAUGGUGCCGGCGGGUUGCUCAGUGGCUCAUCGUACUACCAUUAUGGAAAUGGAGUAACUUCCUGUGCAGGGUUGAACCAGAACCUAUUCACACGUGCUGCAAGUUGUGCCCAUGCUGGAGAUGGAAACAGUAACAGCAGCAACAGUACUGGUGGCAGCAGUGCAAGCAAUGGUACAGAAGCUCGUUCUCCUCUGGCAGCAACGCGUGCGAGUUCAGGAGCAAGUGCUUCCUCUCCGACAGGCAGUGCCUGCAUGAAGAGCGAAUACAUAACUACCGACCUUCUCAUGGGCUGACAGCACCGCAAGAUCUCACAAGAGUCACAAAGCUAUGAAACCAAAGAUGUCUGCAGCAACCUUUUGCAAAUAAUGAAAAAGAUGAUUGGUUGUGAGUUAAGUUUGUGCAGUAGUGGUAAAAAGAACUUGGAUCUCAGUACAGAAUCCUCUUAGAUUCAUACUGCAUUGAGUAAAAAAUCCAGAAGAGUGAAUCAGUGCAUCAGCAAAGAAGUGAUCAAUUAUCAAUUUCUGAAGAGACAAUACCAAAUUAUCACGUUUUUGUUAACAGUAUCAGUGUGACACAAGACCAAUGAGAAAAUGAACUUUCAUUACUUAUUGCAAUAAUGUCAUAUCCGAGGUCUAUUACAGAAACAUUUGUGAUAAGUAUAGUAUUUCAACAUACUGCAUGCAGUGCCUGCACUAAAAGAUUCUGUAAACAUGCUACCUCUUUAAGGACAGAAACUAGCAACCAGAGAAUUGAAGGUGCUGUGACUGUGAAAUAACUGCGCAGAAUCUUAAGUAAUAUUGGACCUUAUUGUAGAUAAACAAUUCAUAAUAGCUAGUGAACAUAGACUCUGAAGACUAUGAUGACAGAAAAACUGCCUCACAAAAUGAAUGAAAUACAUAAAAUAUUUAAUUUAAUUUUUGUUACUUAGUAAAAUGUGUUUUUGAAACAACAGAAUGAACAUCAAAUAACUAUCCACAAGAAAAAUUAGAAUCAUCCAUGAAGAGAAGAUUUAUCAUUUUAUUUUUUUGUAUUCAUGAAAACCAAAGACUUGUUUCUUCACCCCCUGCCGUACAGCCUCAUUUUGUGUCAUAAUGUGUAAAUAAUUAUUAGUUGUACUAUGUUUUAUCCCACCAUUUUUUGCACAUGCACUUGUUCACUCAUUCACUUGCUCACCAAAACACUUCACCUUCACCUAUUCACACAUAAUCACUGCCCAUCACUAGACCACCAUGCACUCACUAGCACUUAUAUAUUUCAAAAUAAUAAAUCCUCAAAGGCAAUGGAAGCUUUACAAAUUUGAUUUGAAAAGUGGGACAGGCAUACUAUUAACUAAUGUUCUCAGAGAUCACCAUGGGUUUUUGUAAACCUUAAAGGUGGAUUCAUGCUCUCUUGAAAUAUUGUACUUUUUUAUAUUUCAACAGAUGGAAGCAAAUUUCAAUUAUUCUUUCUUAAGUGCAAGUUGAUAAAAUUUCUGUGCAUCUUCAGAAUAUAAACUAAAUAUUUAUCUCAAAGUAUAUUUUUUUUAUCUUGUCACUGAGCAUAAAUCCUCCUAACAAUAUUUGAAGGGAAUGUGUAAUAAUUGGUUUAGAAUCAUGUAAUAAUGAAUUGUGUUUUCUCAUCUCAAGAGAACUACUUUAAACUGGUAACAGGUAUAGAAAGAAGCUAAAUUGCUUCAAAAAUAUUUUUAAAUUGAAUUACAAAGACUAUUGUAAUAAACUGCUCUCUAAAAGAAAGAAAUGUUAAUUUGCAAAAGAUAAUAUUUCCUUUAUUCAGUUCUAAAUGAUGUUAUUUUGUAUUUUUAAUGAAAAUCACAAGUCAAAAGAAUAUUUAUUUGCAAGAGCACAUCUCAAAUUAAAUUCUUUAAUAAAUCAUCAUGUUUAAUGUCUUCAGAACAAAUUGGAAGUUUUUAAAAUUAUAAAUUAACACAGUGAAAAAAUUGAAAGUGUAUGAGCAUAUCUUAAUUACGGUAACAUUAUCUUGUACAUGAUGGCAGAUGAAUCUUUCAUGCCAAAAUCUUCACUUUCCAGGAUAAUCUCUGCAUAAGACAGUUACAAAUCUGCAUAUUGAUCACAGUUACAUGAGAGAUUGAACAGAAUCUUGAGUUUUGCGUAAAGUUUUUGUUGUAGUACAUUCAUACAUGCCUGUUUUAUUUAUAAAAUCUACAGAUGAAAUAUAAAUGCAGUAGUUAAAUGAAAUUUAAUAGUACUGUAUUAAGAAAAUUACAUAUCACUUAUUUACAUAUGUUGGAAUCUUCCUGAGGAUAUAAAACAGGAAACAUUUUCAUUUGUAUAUUUAAGUCCUUAUUUUCAACUCACUGCUAAGUUAUACUAUAUUCAGGAGGUUUAGCUUGGUGUAUAUCUUGCAUCUGGUAGAGUUACAUGGAUAAAUGUUGCAGAUUUAAGCCUUUUUAAGGCUGAGUAUUAAUUCUUUAUGGUGAUGAAUGGAUUGAAUGGAUUCUUUUAUUUGUGCAAUUGUAUUAUUAUUUAUGAGGAAAUAUACAGUUUGUUUUUCCUCUGUAUGAUCAACUUAAUAACUGGUAACAAACAGAAAUAUUAACUAGGGUCCCGUGAAAUGAAGAAACCAAUUUCAGUCCUAGUCAGUGAGUGAAAAAGCACUCUUCAUGUUGUGGUUUCCAUGUCAGAUAUGCACAAUAAAUAUUAUUGUAUGUAAGAAGGAAUAGAACUUGAGAAAGAUAUUUCAAUAUUUUAUUUAUUAUUCAAGUUUUCAUUAUUAGGAGUGUCAAAUGUAAUAUUGUUUCUUUUCUACCAAAGAAAUAUUGAGCAAUACAAUUCCCACGCAUUGUAUUUCUUUGAAUUAUUGUUUUCCAUUGUAAUGAUAUAUUUUUAUAUCCAAAGAAUAUGCAUGCAUUGCAUCCAUUAUUAUUUCUAAAAUACAACAGUUCCUUAUUUGCCUCAUCCACCUCUCUCCGCCUUUUCUUGCCAUGUUCUCAUUCACAUCCUUGUGUUCUCAUGUCCAUCCAAUACUCACUGUUGACUUCAGAACACUUCAUAAAUUAAUCCACAAACCUCAGCCUAUUUUCUUACCAGUAAUGUGGUCUGAUAUCAUGUACACUAGACAUAGAAGAUUCAAUUAUUGUAAAGAAUUAAAGAGAUAUCUGAUAAUAAUUGUA